GGAACUCCUUCACCUACACUUUAAUUACUGUCUGUUCUGAUCUUCCUUAAUUAUAAAAACAAAAAUCAUAAAAAUGAGUUCAUUAGAAUCAAUGAGUGACAUUACACCAAGCAGCCUUAGCAGUAAGUAUACUUACAGGCUAGUCUUGAAAACUAUAUUUGAAAGGGAUGAUGAUGGAGUGGGACUUUUUGGUGAAAGAGUAGUGAUUGGAGGGUGGGUUAAGAUCUCCAAGGAGUUGAAGGUAAUAAAAGAGAAGUCUGAUAUGCAAAACCUGUCCCCACCACUAUAUUCAAUGUUGGAAGUGAAUGACGGUUCCUCUGUGAAGAAUCUUCAGGUAUUGGUGGACUCGAAGCUAGAAAGUCCAGAAAAAGUGAUGCCCACCGGAACAUGCAUAGUAGUAGAGGGUAUAUUGCAGAAGGCAUCAACUGAGGGGAAACACCAUAUUGAACUCUUGGCAAAUAAAAUUUUGCAUCUUGGGACUGUUGACAAGAAUGAGUAUCUACUAACAAGGAGAACCUUGCCUUUGACAGUAUUGAGGAAUUAUCCUCACCUUCAACCUAGAACAGCACAGAUGACAAGCAUUAUGCGUAUGCAUAACUCCGCCUUUACGGCAUUACGCACCUUCUACCAAGCCAAUGGAUUUCUGUACGUUCAAGUGCCCAUAAUUACCGACAUAGACACUCGAGAAUCUGACAAAAAAUUCCAUGUAAUUGUUGCAACAAAUGAAGAUCAGAGGAAAAAAGAGGAGAAUGCUGGUGAAGAAGAGAUGAGUGGAAAUAAAGAAGAAGAUGGAUACAUGGAAUCUCAAGAUUAUUUUUCAGAGCUUAUGCAUCUCACUUCUUCAGGCCACUUUCAUCUGCAGAGCCAAGCAAGCGCCCUGGGAAAUGUUUACACUUAUGGUCCCUUCUUUCGACCUGAUCCACCUUAUGGUAUUAAAUCAUUAGCUGAGAUGUGGAAGGUUGAGACAGAAAUGGCUUUCUCUCAAUUAGAGGAUGCCAUGGACUGUGCAGAAGACCUUUUGAAGUUUAUGUGCAAAUGGAUUCUAGAGAAGUGCAUUGAGGAUGUGAUGUUUCUAUCAAAACCAACCGCCACAACGCUUAUAGAGGAGCUCCAGCUCGUCACGUCGUCUUCCUUCAAGCGAAUUUCUUAUCGCAAACUGCUGGAAGAUAUGAAUGCGGUUAGCAUCAAUGAAGAACUAGGGAUCGUUAUGGAAUUUGGACAUGUCCUUAUUGAAGGCCGCUUACUAAUGCAUGUAGUUACGAACAUCUAUAAACGGCCAGUCAUUGUAUAUGAUCAUCCCAAAGAACUAAAACCCUUUCAUGUGCGCCUCAAUGAUGAUGGAAAAACAGUUGCAUCGUUUGAUAUAUUUUUUCCACAUGUAGGAUUUGUACUAAGCGGCAGUCAAAGCGAGGAACGGUUGGAUACUCUUAUUUCCAGGAUAGAAGAAGUUGGGCUGCGUCAAGAACAACUUAAAUGGUACUUGGAUCUUCGCAAACACGGCAAUACAACGCACUCGGGUUUCAGUCUAAAACUUGACUCUUUACUUCUUUAUGCGGGUGGCUUCAAAGAUCUCGGAGAUGUCGCUCCAUUCCCCAAAUAUCAUUCUGAUUCUGAGUCAGAAUGAAAUUGCACAAUUUCGAUGGCAAAUAUAGUAUUACGAGAACAAUAUAGUACGAGUAUUAAUAAUAAUAGCAAUCAGGUGGCAAUGUAACAAGCAACUACAUUUGUUCAUUCAAUAUUUGUUUAAAACAUGUGUAUCGAUCUAACUAUCUAAGUUAUGACUAAACAUUUA